AUGACUGUUUCACGUGAAGAUUCCGUUUACCUUGCCAAAUUGGCUGAACAAGCUGAAAGAUAUGAAGAAAUGGUUGAGAAUAUGAAGGCUGUUGCUUCUUCUGGCCAAGAAUUAUCAGUUGAAGAGCGUAAUUUGUUGUCAGUUGCCUACAAGAAUGUUAUUGGAGCUCGUCGUGCUUCAUGGAGAAUUGUUUCUUCAAUUGAACAAAAGGAAGAAUCUAAAGGUAAUGAAAAUCAAGUUGCUUUGAUUAGAGAUUAUCGUGCCAAGAUUGAAGCUGAAUUGUCAAAGAUAUGUGAAGACAUUCUUUCUGUUUUGGAUAACCAUUUGAUUUCAUCAGCUCAAAGUGGAGAAUCAAAAGUAUUUUACUACAAGAUGAAGGGUGAUUAUCACAGAUACUUGGCUGAAUUUGCUGUAGCUGAUAAACGUAAGGAAGCUGCUGAUUUGUCAUUGGAAGCUUACAAGGCUGCAUCUGAUGUUGCUGUUACUGAAUUGCCACCAACACACCCAAUUAGAUUAGGAUUGGCUUUGAACUUUUCUGUAUUCUAUUAUGAGAUUUUGAACUCUCCUGACAGAGCUUGCCAUUUGGCCAAACAAGCCUUUGAUGAUGCUGUCGCCGAUUUGGAAACAUUGUCUGAAGAUUCAUACAAGGAUUCAACUUUGAUUAUGCAAUUGUUGAGGGAUAACUUGACUUUAUGGACUGAUUUGUCUGAAGCUCCGCAAACUGAAGAACAACAACAACAACAACAACAACAACAGCAACAAUCAAGUCAACAAGCUCCCGCAUCUUCAGAGGCUAAACCCGAUCAAGAAUAG